AACCUUUGUCCUUGAUCCAGGUCAAGGGCGCUCGGUCCCUUUCUUGGCCUUUCUUGGGGAGAACGGGCGCGCUCGUCCAAGUCCAAACUGGCCUUGAAGAUCACUACUUGACGAGGGCCCGCUGUGAAAGGAGGUUCUCAAGGCCAAGGUUAACAGAAAAUGUUUGGAACGACAUCCAAGAUCUCACGCUUAGUUGGAAGUGACUCAUGAAAGUGGCAACAACCAAGACCAAUCAUGUUUGGAACAUCCUCUUCCUCCUCCUCCUCCUCCUCUUCUUCGACUUAUUUAAUUUUGACGUUUUACGGAAAGGACUUUCUGAUUUUGAAUACCAACGCCACCGGCAGAUCGAAGAAUGAGGUGGUGAAGCUCAUAUCCACCUACCUGCCUUCCUUGGUCCAGAGUCAUGCUGUGGGCGUUCCCCAGGAACUGGCCGUGGUGUUUCACGGUCGAGCCAACCCUUUUGGCACCCGAGCUUCAUCCCAACAACGACAAGUGGUCUGUGUUCAAUUGUGCUUGUUGCUCGAGGCUCUCCAAAAAGUGGGAUGGAGCUGCUUUGGUGACAGCAAUCUGGACUCGCCCAAACGUCGAGGGAGUAUCAUCAUGAGAUUGGACCACUCAACCCCUGUGAAUAUCUGCUGCGCCUCAGUGUUGCCGAACCGAUACCUUCAAUUGAGCCUUCCACAAGAUAUUGAAGCCCGGGUGAUCAAAUCGCUGCAAUCUCGGGUCAAACCAGGGGCCCUGACUUUGGAACCCAUUUCUUGGCAAGAGGGUCGCAAAGUCUUCAAAACUUGUUCAGACUCUCAAAUUGCCAUGGUAGCUCAAAUUUUCCGCAUCCUGGGUUAUAGUAUUAAAAGCGACAAUUACAAACGAUCAAUUGGCUUGGUCAUCGAGUUGAUCAAAGCCCUGAACGAUUAUGGAUAUGAGUUGAUCACGUGCGUGAGCGUUUUCGGGGACCAACAAGAUGUUAUGUUUUUUCGGAAGACCAAUCUCAGCUGCAGGUUGCCUCUUAGCGAAUAUUGGGGCUUAACGCUGAAGAAUCCCAAGCAAACCAUCUUGGUCAACGCCCCGGCCAAUGUGAGACAGAUCUUACUCCAAGAAGUCCAAGCUGAAUCGUUGUGGAACAUCAAAUGCCAUGACUUCUGGGCCCGACGAGAUGGAUCUGUCGGGAAAGUGGCCUUUUCCAGGCUUCUCAGGCGGCUGUCUCUGGAGAAUUGGCGGGUUUGCGCCGUGUACGAUGGAUUGAGUGACAAUUCGUUCUUCCUGUUUAAAGAGUUCAGACCAACUUACCCCAACCCCACCUUGGCCUUUCCCAAAAUUCUCACCGUUUCUUGUGUGAGUGCCAAAAAACUCAAGAUAGACCAUUCCAGUCACACGGGUAUCCCUCGGGUUCGAGUCAAUCCCGAAAGCAUUCACCCGGAGGAGCCGAGCGAGUUUUUGGAUUGUAUCAAAACCCUCCAGAACUCGAGAAUUGUGACUCAAAGGAGAUGGAGUGAUAUGUGCACCAUGGUAUUCAAUCCCAAGCAGUUUUCCUACAACAGUGUUGCCAAUGUGGUGGGACAAUUGUCAAUAUACCUGUUUCUCCUCCUGGAAAUGGAAUCCAUAGGCUAUCGACUCUACUGUACGGGAAACAUUUCUGGACAGUACUUGGAUCCCAACAAGGAAACGGAUGUUGCCAGCCCUCAUUCUUGGUUUUUCAUCAAAGCCCCACCAGAGCAUGGGAUAGAUCCGCCAGCCUUCAGUGAGGAAGGUCUACCUACUUAUGAACAGGCAAUGGAGCAAUGGGAUUUGGAACAUGGUCAAUGUAAUUGA